AUAGAACUUUUCCCUCUGACGCUCUUUCUCCCCAACUGUCUCUCUCGGCACUCGAGCAUAGACCCUGUCCCAUGUAUAGACUCGUUGACGUCAGAGACCCUUCGUAAUUUGACGUGUAAACAUUCUCGUCCCCUUCCACGGUUUACUCUCCGCUUGCCUUCCUUGAUGGUUCAAUAAGGCAAUAACGCCGUGACAGGUCCUCUCAUUCCCACCCAGCACGUUGAAGGAAAAAAGACACGAACCAAGGGGAACCAACAGAAAUUUAUUUCCUUAAUAUUACUUACAUGUUCGUUUUGAAUUGUCUUAUAUGCUUUCUAAGAGCCUCAAUCUAGUCGUAUUUUCUCUGAGAUGGAAAUGAGAUGUCGCCCAACAACGGUAAUGUGCUGUGCUUUUGUGGUUGUGUUCUCCAUCGCUCGUUCUGUGGAUGCUUCAUUCGGGGACAGACAGUACCUGAACGAAUGGGCGGUGGAGAUUCCGGGAGGACCGGACGCCGCAAGGUCCAUCGCCAAAGAACUAGACUACCGACUAGUCCGCCAGAUUGGGACGCUAGAAAACCAUUACUUGUUCAAACACCAGACUCAUCCUAGCAGGACGAAACGAAGUGCCGAUCACAUCACCAAACGCCUGUCUGAGGAUGAUCGGGUAUCGUGGGCGGAGCAACAGUAUGAGAAGCAGCGCAGUAAGCGGGCGUCGCUGGGAUCAUGCCGGAACUGUCCAGUGGACAAGCUGUUCGAUGACCCCAUGUGGAACCAGCAGUGGUACCUGCAAGACACUCGGACGUCGUCCUCCCUGCCCAAGCUGGACCUCCACGUAAUUCCCGUGUGGAGGAAAGGGAUCACAGGGAAAGGAGUGGUCAUCACCGUGCUGGAUGACGGUCUGGAGUGGAACCACACCGACAUCUACCCCAACUACGAUGCAGCAGCCAGCUACGAUUUCAAUGACAACGACCCUGACCCCUUCCCCAGAUACGACUCCACCAAUGAGAACAAGCAUGGAACCAGGUGUGCCGGUGAGAUCGCCAUGCAGGCAGAUAACAAUAAAUGUGGAGUUGGGGUGGCGUACAACUCCAAGGUUGGAGGGAUCCGCAUGUUGGACGGUAUCGUGACGGACGCCAUCGAGGCCAGUUCUAUUGGCUUCAACCCAGACCAUGUGGACAUCUACAGUGCCAGCUGGGGACCCAACGACGAUGGCAAGACGGUCGAGGGCCCCGGUCGCCUGGCGUCAAAAGCCUUUGAGUACGGCAUCCAGAAGGGCCGCGGCGGGAAGGGCUCCAUCUUUGUGUGGGCAUCGGGGAACGGGGGCCGUCAGGGGGACAACUGUGACUGUGACGGCUACACGGACAGCAUCUACACCAUCUCCAUCAGCAGUGCCUCCCAGCAGGGCCUGUCUCCCUGGUACGCUGAGAAGUGCUCCUCCACCCUGGCCACCGCUUACAGCAGUGGAGACUACACCGACCAGAGAAUAACCAGUGCUGAUUUGCAUAACGAAUGCACCGAGACGCACACGGGAACCUCCGCCUCCGCCCCACUGGCUGCUGGGAUAUUUGCCCUGUCGCUGGAACAGAACCCUGAGCUAACAUGGAGGGAUCUGCAGCACUUGGUGGUGUGGACGUCUGAGUUCGACCCGCUGGCCAACAAUCCCGGCUGGAAGAGGAACGGGGCAGGCCUGAUGGUCAACAGUCGUUUUGGAUUUGGCCUGCUCAACGCUAAGGCCCUGGUGGACCUGGCCGACCCGGCCACCUGGAAACACGUCCCCGAGAAGAAGCAGUGCAUCGUCAGGGACGACUCCUUCCAGCCCAGGGCAUUGAAAGCAGCAGGGGAGAUCACCAUUGAGAUCCCCACCAAGGCCUGUGCCGGCCAGAACAACGCUGUCCUCUCACUGGAGCAUGUGCAAGUGGAGACCAGCAUCGAGUACACCAGGCGAGGAGACCUACACAUCACACUCACUUCCCCAUCAGACACCAGCACAGUCCUGCUGGCGGAGAGAGAGAGGGACACGUCAUCUAACGGCUUUAGGAACUGGGACUUCAUGUCAGUUCACACAUGGGGAGAGGACCCCACUGGCACCUGGACCCUUAAGAUCACUGACACAUCGGGGCGAAUGGAGAACGAAGGUCAGAUCCUAAGCUGGAAGCUUAUUCUCCACGGCACGUCAGAAAAGCCUGAGCACAUGAAGAAACCCAGAGUGUACGUCCCCUACAACGCUGUCCAGAAUGACCGUAGAGGAGUGGAGCACAUGGAUGACAUGAUAGAGGAGCUGCCCACCCAGGCUGAGGUUCACCCACCACAGAAGACCCAGCCCCCUCCUCCUGCCACCCCUGAGAGGAAGGAGACAAGACCCUCCUCCUUCCCCCCCUCCCUGGCCCUUCUGCGUCUCCUCCAGACGGCCUUCAACAGACAGACCCCAGCCGCCCUGUCCCAGUCCCCAGCCAAGGCCUCUAGCUGGGGAGAGCAGCACACGGGCAGGGCCCCCUCCCUUCCAUGGAGAGCAGGCCCUCAUGUCGCUCCACAGAAGCUGUACCAGGCCCUGGACAGGAUCAACCAGUACCAGCAGGGUGGGCAGGACAACAGCCUGUAUAGCGACUACAGCGACGGCUUUUAUAGCACCAAGCCCUACAGACACAGAGAUGACCGACUGCUCCAGGCGCUCUUUGACAUGCUCUCUGAUGACAGGCAGUGAGGAGGGAGGAUAUGGGAGGAGAGUGGGUAAGGCAAGGGCGGAACUCCAGUCCUGAAGUGUGUGUUGGCUUUUGUUCUAGCUUAACAGAUCCGGCCCCCGAAUCCCAACUUGAGUCGAGUUAGGAUUCGGGGCCAAAUGAACACACCCGAUUUAACCAAACACGGUCUACAUUGAAGACCUCCUUCGUUGACUACCGGUAGGUGAAUCAGGUGUGUAAGUGCUGGGCUAGAGUCUGCACAGCCCUGCCAUUCUCCUUGGUCAAGAUUGGCCACCCAUGGGGUAAGGGGUGAGAGGGAAAGUGUGAGGAGGUGGGAGCUGGGCAUGGAAGGAGGGAGGGGGAGAGUGAACGCCAGAUAGAAACUCUUCCAGCCAACUGUGAUGUUGUUUUUCCAAAACGCUACUUUUCUUUUCUUGCAGCAUUCUAGCCUGUCUGUCUGUAGUUUUGUCUUUCAUUCUGUACAGUUAGUUGUAAGUCGGUUGCAUCUCAAUACCCACAAGUGGCUUCCUUUCCUCCUCCUCCUUCCUUUCCUCCUCCUCCCCCCUCCUCCUGAUGUAUUGAAGUCUAGCUAACCCUAGAUCUCUGUCAUAUUGCUUCAGUCUUUUCAGAUCAAUAUGCAGGAAGGAAAGGAGACAAGGAAAGGGAACCCCUGUAGCGUAUUUAAAUUAAUCUGUGGUUGCAUUCCACCCCUCCUCCAGCCAUCUAUCCAAUAGUCUUCAAGUGACAGUUAACAUCAAAGUCAACGUUCAGCCGAUGUUUUCAGCCCUCAAAAGUGGUCUGAUGUCAGGAUGUGUCCAGGCCCCACGACAUCUGUUUUGUAGACCCAGCUGUAUCCCUCAACUCCAAAUUAAUGACAAACAUAGCCACUGCGCUGCUAAAUGCAUAUAGGGGAAAUGCUGCUCUAUUUGACACCUUUACCUGUCAGUCGUAUUGAAAGUAAGGAGACAAGAGAAGGAGAAAGAGAUGAGGAAAGGAUGUUUUUAAGACUUUUGGGACACAGCCCUAUUCUCCCUUCACGGCACUACCUGCUUGAGCAUGCUAUGUACCGUUCCUUUAGAAUUUCAAGUUCAUAAUUGUAUUAUGACUGACACUAUUAUCUAUAUAUUAUACAAAGACAAUGAAUGUAAUGUUGCUUUUACACUGAACAAAAAUAUAAGCGCAACAUGCAAACAUUUCAAUGAUUCUACUGAGUUACAGUUCAUAUAAGUAAAUCAGUCAAUUGAAAUAAAUUCCUUAGGCCCUAAUCUAUGGAUUUCACAUGACUGGAAAUACAGAUAUGCAUCGGUUGGUCAUAGAUACAUUAAAAAAAGG